UGAAUUUCCACCUGCCCGCCCCCUCGCCUUAUAACGCAGAACACGUGAAGUUAGAGCCGUUCAGUCUCCUCUGACAGUGGAUUAGUAGGAGCAGAGUGUCAUGCUGUUUCUCCCAUUUUCCUCAGUUCACGGGAGGUAAAAGAACUCUGGCUGGAGGCCCUCCGAGGACAGAGCCAAGGCCACACGGGAGCAAAAUUCAUCACUGGACAGUCAGCCCAAACUCUAAUGAAGUUGACCAGCAGCUGCCAUGGUUCAAAAACACUAAAUGCCAGUAAUAUGGAGACAUUAAUUGAAUGCCAAUCAGAGGGUGAUAUCAAGGCACAUCCUCUGUUGGCAUCAUGUGAGAGUGAAGAUAGCAUUUGCCAGCUAAUCGAAAUUAAGAAGAGAAAGAAGGUGCUGUCCUGGCUCUUUCUCCUGAGAAGGCUUUCUCCCUCCUCAGACUUUUCUGGAGCUUCAGAGACGGAGUUGAAGACGUCACUGUUUGCUCAGCCCUUGUCGGCUCUCUGCAGCGACGAGGACACGCUCCCCAGACCCAUUCAGGAUAUUCUCACUAUUCUGUGCCUUAAAGGCCCUUCCACUGAAGGGAUAUUCAGGAAAGCGGCCAACGAGAAGGCCCGAAAAGAGCUCAAGGAGGAGCUCAACUCCGGAGGCCUCGUGGAUCUGAAAAGUCUCCCUGUGCACCUGCUGGCCGUGGUCUUUAAGGACUUCCUCCGAAGUAUCCCCCUGAAGCUCCUUUCAUGCAGCCUGUUUGAGGAGUGGAUGGGCGCCCUGGAGAAGCAGAGCGAGGACGACAGGAUCGAGGCCCUGAAGCAGGUGGCAGAUAAGCUCCCCCGGCCCAACCUCCUGCUGCUCAAGCACCUGGUCUCCGUGCUCUACCUGAUCAGCAAGAACUCCGAGGUGAGCAGGAUGGACGCCAGCAAUCUCGCCAUCUGCAUCGGGCCCAACGUGCUGAGCCCAGAGAACGAGCACGACCUGUCGUUCGAAGCCCGGAGGGACUUGAACCAUAAGGUUAAGACGCUGGUGGAAUUCCUCAUCGAUAACUGCUUCGAAAUAUUUGGGGAGAACAUUCCGGCGCAUUCCAGCGUUGCCUCUGAUGACUCCCUGGAACACACGGACAGCUCAGAUGUGUCGACCCUGCAGAACGACUCAGCCUACGACAGCAACGAUCCCGACCCUGACGUGGACGCCAGCAGCGCCAUGGGCUCCCCGGGCAGGCAGCCCCCAGUGCCCUCGGACCCAGCCGCCGGCUCGGAGCCCCGAGGCCCACGGCACACCUGGGAGCCGAUCGUCAGCUCCGUGGCCAGACUGAGAGGCUCGCUCGGUCAGGCCGACAGGAGGUACUCGGACCCCAGCAUGGCAUCCUCGCGGGGGUGCCUGGACGGCUGGAGAGCAGAGCAGAAGCUCGCGCGGAGUGAGGAUGACUUCACCGGGUCCCGGGCCGCCUCCCUUCAUGUCGCUGAGGACGCCGAGGACCCAUUUUCAGAGGAGGUGUUUCCUGCAGCUGAAGGCAGAGGCCUGAGGCCACCGGACCUGGGGCUGCAGAACCUGGCUCAGGGUUUGGUGGCCCCCAGGGGACCAGCCCGCCAGGCCGCCUCCACUGGCUCCCUGGACACCUACUCUGACAGCUCGCCCCUGGCCUCUCCAUCCGGGCCCAAAAGGAACUUCUUCACCAGACAUCAGUCUUUCACAAGGGCCGAGAAAAGUAAGCCCAACCGAGAAAUUAAAAAGCACUCCAUGUCAUUCUCCUUCGCGGCGCACAAGAAAGCGCUGUCCAAAACCCCCAGCUCUGUGGCCGCCAAGUGCAAGGGCCUCCCCAGAGACCACGCCAAGAACGGCUUUCAAAAAGAAAGCCAGCUUGCCGGCCGGAUCGUCCAGGAAGACUUGACCGACAUCCACAGCCAGACUGCUCUGGCCUUGUACUCGGGGUCCUCCGCCCUCUCAGGGGAGGCGGUGGGUCAGAGGGGCCCUGGCAGCCCCCCCUCUUACGAGGAGGCCCUGCGGCACCAGGCCUGGGACCUUGCGGCCCCCGGGGGCCAGACGGUGGGCAGCAUGCGGGCCAGGAUGCUGAGCCUGGAUGCCGGGCUGCCGCCUCCUUCCUCUUCCCAGGCCCAGCUGUGGCCCGGGAUGGAGGCGUGGGAGCAGAGCAGGACUGUCUGUGCUUCCGUGGCGACGGUAGGACGGGUGACUGUCACCGGGAGACCGGAGUUGCAGCGGCUGAGGAUUCCGUCCGAGUCUCGCCAGAACAAGCAGGAGCUCGUGGCACAGCGGUGUAGUCAGCCGGUCUUUGAGGCCGACCAGCUCCGCUUGGCGAAAGAAUCCUACGUCUAGGGGGACGGGCCCGCCGCCAAGACGCGGCGUGGGGCAUCUCUGCAGACGGCCGGCUGUGUCGGCUCUGUUGAGCACCGCUGUCAGACUCUCUUGUCCCAAAAGUCAUGAAUAAGCUCCUUUAGAAAGGUGUGUGGCCCCCGCCUCAGAGCGGACGGCUGCACAGCUGCACUGGGCACGCGGGCGUUGUCUGUGCGCCUGCACUUGUGCAACAUGUAGCAAGCGGAUAAAGUGCAAAGAUGUCUGUCUCUGCGCACACGUGUACAUAUUUGUGUGUGAGCGUGCGGUCCUCUGUCGCUGUUCUCCGCCUCCUGGGGCACGUUUCUAGCCGGUAGUGUUUGCAAAGAAUCUCUCCCUUUGGAGGUUGCCGAGCAGCGUGCCGGUUCUCCUGUUCUCCACAAACUCCGUGUAGGGAAACGAUGACGUCUUCUGUUCGACGUUUACUCUCCUAAGCGGUUCUGCCAUAACCCCGGCCCACGGUAAGACGAGAGUUGAGUGUUUGGCGUUAUCAGAGGCAUUACAGACUCCGGGAAAAGAAAACGCUGCCGUUCGGCGGUACGAAGAAUGCUGGCAUGUGUCCUUGCAUCGUCUGAUUUUCCGUCUGGGCGGUGGAGAUGCGGUGCAGGCGGGGUGGUGAACUGAUGUGCAGCACUUUGAGCCUCUUGGUAGUCGGCGUGGCUUCUCCAGCGGCGGGGGGCAAGUUACCUUACCCGCAUGGAGGGUCACGUAUAAAACUUCGGUACAAUCUCACUACAAUAAAUUGCCUUCCUUGCUUCCGAGUAAA